CUCAUGGUGACUGUGACGCCUCGCGCGUCGACCCUCAUCAUCCAACACGGAGCUCCGUGUGUGCAGGCAGACCUCGUUCACCAACUUGAGACCCACCGCUCGCAAUCUACGUCUUACCUCUUGUCAUCACGCGCAUCCAUCUGCCAAAGUUCAGUCAUUCUCGUCGCAUACAACAAGUGGGAGCGGCGCAACUUGAGAGCAGAACUCGCUGGCAAUGCUGGCGUGGUGGUCCGUUCUCGAACAGAUCACACGGUCUCGCGGACCGUCAUCGCGAUCAUCUGCUUGCAAACCACUUGAGAGAGCAGUAACAUGAUCCAUAUGCGCUGGCUGGGACAAGCACGCAACACACACAGAAGAACACACUUGUACGACCACAUUUGUGGGGAAGAUGGAUAGAAUUGGCGAAAGGAGGGCUUUGUUGUUUUCUUCAUUAAAAUAGGCACUCGGGGCUCGACACGGCACUUGGACUCGGAACACGUGAGGGGGGCGGUAGAGGAACUUGUUGGAGAGUCUGUGGCGAGACAAACAGAACAAAUCUGGUGGAUGGCGAGAGGGUGGGGAGAGGUAUUCGGGAACGUGACGAGGAAGGUAAGAUCGGAUGGCCGUUGAAGGUCAAGGCGCCAAGUCGAUUCUUCAGAACGCGGUUGGAACACAGAACAGGAUUCGAGUCGGAAGGUCGUUAUAGGAAUCACGGGGAAAUUCUUUUGUCGGGCCCCUUCGAUGAUCGCUCAGGUGCGUUUGGAAGAGUCGGAGAAGCUGCUCGACCAACAGACGUUCUACUGGGCUGGCACUACACCUUGCCACUCCUCCUCCACUCUUCUCUGCGUCUUCUUGUCCAGGCUUGGCUCAAGCUCUGGCAUAUGUGGUUGUCUCUUGAUUUGCUACUUCAUCCGCAGUGACCUAGUCGCAGCACUCCAUUCCAAUUUCACAGCACGCCUUGUGCUCAGGGGUCUCUCCUGCCCAUCUCGCCAUCAGAGCUUGAUCGCAAGGCCAGGCGAAUCCGGACUUAGUCACUGUCUCGGCUUGAGUGCUUUCGAAGGAACUCACAACCCUUGGCGCGCUCCUUAGACCCCUCACGUCUCGCUUCAUGGAUGGCAGCAGGGCUCCGCGUGAUCGCAGCAAAACUCCUCGGUGUGGUCCCGCUCGCGCCUACCGAUCGCCGUGAGAACUAAAUCGAGGCGAUGCGCUUCAGACACCACACAAAGCGACUGCGAUGCCAUUGCAGCAACUCACGGGCCACGCCGGUUUCCUCGCUCGCUUCACGCUUCGCGAGCGAGGUCUCGCCAACACCGUCUGCGAGACCGAUGGUAAUUCAUCGACAGGGUGUGAUGUCAGCAUCGUCUCACGUUCGG